AUGGACUUUCAACGACUCACUACACAAGUCCUUGGAUUUACACACAAGGCCAGACUUCAGCAUAUCAAUAUGCUUGCACUGAUCACUUUUGCUUGGCCGUUGUAUGCAGCUAUAGUCGGUUUCAAGCUAUGUUUAUUGAUGCCCCUGCUGUGGAGAUGGAAUUUUCCUCUUGCUCAAAUCCCUGGACCUUCGGUGGCAGCCUGGACAAGGCUAUGGUGGAUCAAGGCUUUAUACUCUGGGCGAAGUGCUCAGAUACUCGUCGAUCUAAACCGGCUACAUGGGAAGCAUAGCCCUGUAGUGAGGAUCGGGCCCAAGACGCUUGUGAUUAGUGACCCCAGCACAAUUCGAAGAGUUCUCGGUGUGAACUCACCAUACCUUCGAGGCCCGUGGUUUGACAGUCUCAGGACUAAUCCACACACGACCAGUGUUGUAUCAGAACGCGAAUCGAAGAAGCACCAAGCCAAGCGCCAAAUACUAGCACCAGGAUUAUCGGGGAAAGAUGUUGCUGGUGCAGAAUCAGUAGUUGACAUGCACAUCGGCGAUUGGAUGCGUACACUCUUCAUAAAAAGCGACAUGAAGGGGGAAGGGAAUAUCGAGAUCAACCUGUCAAAGGUAGCACCCUUCCUCAGUCUCGACAUCAUUACACAUCUAUGUCUUGGGCAGUCAUUCAACAAUGUCAAGUCUGAUAGCGAUAAUUAUGGCCUUCUUGAGGCAUUGUCAACUGGGAUGAUAGCACAGCAGUACAUCGCGUCUCUGCUCGAGCUCAAGACGGCUUUGUUCUGGCUUGGCAGCCUGCCAUACUUACGGGGCAGAUUAUUUCCUACCACAAAAUCACCGACGGGUAUAGGACAAGUUAUGCGCAUCAUACAAGAAAAGGUGCAACAGAAGUUGCGAAAUACUGCUACCAAUGAUAAAAGGUUACCGAUGGCGGACAUGCUAGACUCGUUCUUAUCCCGAGGACUCAAUCCCGAAGAGGCUAGCAGUGAGAUACUAGUAGUGCUAUUCAGUGCCGUUGGCGCGACUUCAUACACAAUGCAAGGCAUCAUCCAUAGUGUCAUAAGCAACCCCAAUAUAUGCCAUCAGCUCCAGCACGAGAUCGACAUAAUGGUAGAAGAGCAAGGCAUCUCAACCACCGAAUGCGCCGUAGAUGCCAUCAUAAAGACCAUGCCAUACCUUCAAGCCUGCAUCUCCGAAGGUCUCCGUAUGUAUCCAGCAAUCACCCAACUGCGUGAGCGAGUAGUGCCUCCCGAGGGUGACAAUAUACACGGCCACUAUGUCCCAGGCGGCACAUUCAUAGCUCUGAACGGGCUAGCCAGCCACUUGGACCCCAUUUAUGGAAACAAGCUGGACACUUUCCGCCCAGAAAGGUGGCUUGAUGAAGACAAGGUUCUGCUCGCUCGCAUGCAACGGAAUCUCGAUCUCACUUUUGGGUAUGGAUCGUCAAAAUGUUUAGGUGAAAAUCUAGCAAGGAUGGAGUUGAACAAGGUUAUCUUUGAGCUCUUCCGGAGAUACGACGUGGAGGUGAGUAACACUGAACGUCCAUGGAGUUAUCGCGGGGAUUUUGUCCUUGCAGAUUUCAAUGUGUUGUUGAAGGGACGAAUGUCUAUGGCGCAUGACCCUGUCAAUCUGGCUCCUUGA